GAAAACUCGUCAAAAAUUGUCACGAAAAAAAUCAUUUUCACUCAGAUAUUUUCACUAAAGGCGGCCGCCGGCCAUGACUAUCUACCAAAUGGAUUCAGAAGAAGAAGCCUUAUACAGAUCCUAUCAUGCAAUCUACUACGUACAAAGUCCAUCCACAAUUUGUCACAGCACCGAAUUCCCUAACAAUGUCACCCGGGAGUCCAUCUCGGAAAAUUUCGCCGCGAACUCAUUGAUCUUACAUGGGAAAAAUUUCCCGUAUGACGAUUUAGAAGGCAUAAAUCACGAUGAAAUUAACAAUGCCAUCGUUGGUCAUGACCACGAUGAUGAUCGUCAAGGUAGAAACGGUUACAAAGGAGGAGAUGAUCGUCGCAAAGUGGAGGAGGAGGAGGAAGACGACGGCCAUUAUUUCGAAUUCGGGAGGAAUGAGUGGUGGAGGAUAUUUUUCUUUAGUACUUCGAGCUCAAGCGGGUGGAAGAUCUUGCAGAUAAGUUGGAGGUUUGUAUUGAGCAUAGUGAUUGCGCUUGUGGUUUUCUACGUGCUUACCAAGCCACCACCUCCUAACAUCUCUAUCAAGAUUUGGAGAGUAUCCCAGUUCGAAUUAACUGAAGGAAUAGACGCGACAGGGGUGACAACCAAAAUCCUUACAUGCAACUGUUCAGUAGGUGUAAGGAUAGACAACAAUUCAAAAUUCUUUCGGCUUCACGUUCACCCUCCUCUUCUCGCAAUCUCCUUUGGCAAUUUGCCUUUUGCAGUUGAACAGGGUAAUGAAGUUGAAGUAGGGGAGGAUGGAGUUCAAUAUCUCAGGUUGCAAAUUGGUACCAGGAAUAAACCAAUGUAUGGUGCAGGAAGAAGCAUGCAGGAUUUGCUUGAUUCAGACAACGGAUUACCAUUAGAAAUACACAUCAAGUUAAGGUCAAGUUAUGAUGUAAUAUGGGAUCUCAUGCACCCUAAAUUCCACAACCAAGCUGAAUGCUUAGUUGUUGUUGGAAGCGGUUAUGAUAAGAAACAUAAAACGCACAAGUAUAUUAGCAAAUGUACUUCGUAAUUAAUCAUGACAUUUGUUUUUUUUUUUUUAAUUUUGUUUUACAAUUAAGUAAUCAAAUUCAUCCAUUUUGUUAUUUUCUUCUACUAAUUUUCCCCCAUGAAUUAGUAUGGUAAAGUAGAGACGAUAUUGCUUACUCUACUGUUAACGUAAAGUAGAGAUUGUAUUUUCUUCUACUAAUAUAGAAUUGUAUUAUUUUUUCC